AUGGGCACCGCUGCUGGGUUCUCUGCCUCCAAGGGCAAGGCAAAAGCCACCGGCUCUAUUGGUGCACCGUCGUCCAAGGCUCCGUCUCGCAAGUCAAAGGCGAGCUGGCGCAAAGCAAUCGACCUCACCGAUGUGGACGAGCACCUCGAGUCGCAGCGAUUACAGGAGCGCCUCAUUGGCCCCUCUUCCACCAGCAACUCUGCUGCCGGUUCGCUCUUCACUCUCGACCGUACCGGCGAUGAGCAGGUUGCAAAACAGAUCCAAAAGAGAGAAAAGGCCGGCAAGCGUCCGCUGAAGAGCUUGCAGAUCCUUCAGGAGCGCUCCGCUGUACCUCCCGUUCAGGCACGUGCCCGUGCUGGUCUCCCUGCUUCUCGAUCGUCCACCAGUAGCAGCGCUGCAGAGGAACGCCUUCGAAGAGCAGGUUUGACGUCUAAAGCUGCCAAAGACCGGCUGCGCCGUCUGGCACACAAGAAAGUGCGCGACAGAGACGUCUGGAGUGGCCAAACUGGUGCGAAGAAGGCUGGCAAGCGCAAGGCGAGCGACGAGGGACCGGACGACAAUGAAUGGAUACAGGUGCAACAUAACAAGCAACAGGCAGCUGUCAAGAUUCCCAAGACGCUCUCCGCCCACACACUCCCCUCUACCGGCUCUGCAGCUGAUCGGGUCUCCAAGAACCCCACCUCUCACGCGAUAGUCUCCCUAUCCCGCACGCUCCCUGCCGUUCCCUUGCCGCAUCCGGGGACGUCCUACAACCCAGACGUAGAAACACAUGAAGAGCUUCUCCAUCGGGCGUUUGAGGUGGAGAAGGCGAAAGAAUUGGACGAGGAGGCUCGACGGCGAUUCAAGAAGCGCUGGGAGGAGCUGAGGCAAAUCGAACGGGACGAUAUUAUCGCUGAUGAGAAGGAAAUUAACAAGAGCUGGAAUGGCAUGAAGUUGGAUGUCUCCGACGACGACGACGACGAUAGUGGAGAGUCGAAAGCCAGCGCAGACGAGGGCGCCGUGGAGGCGUCUACGACGGCUGUCGCAGCCGGAACAGAAGCGGUAGAAGCAAAGAAAGACCCAAAGCGCAAGACGCAAGCGAAGCGUUCGCGUGCCUUGCGUGCAAAGGAGGAGGCGCGCCUUGCCCUUGAACGCAAGCGGACCAAACACCUUGCGCAUCUCCUCACACAAGCGCCCUCAUUGCGCAAGCAGCUGGACGCCAUGCAGCGCGCACGCCUCACAGCCUCGCUCUCGCGGCGCAAAGCGAAGGAAGAGCACAUCGCGCAGCACGGCCUGCAGGGCCGACGCAUCGGCAAGUCUGUCGUCCCCGCCAAUCUCGAAGUCAACAAGAGCAACGUGCAGCUCGGCGAGGAUCUGACGGAAAACCUGCGUGGGCUUAAGACCGAAGGCAACCUCUUCCGUGACCGCUUCCAGCGCAUGCAGGCGCGCGCACUUGUCGAGCCUCGCGCGCCCGUCAUCGCAAAGAAGAAGCUUGGCAAGAGGGGCGAGAAGGAGUACGAGAGGCAUUCGUACAAGCAAUUCGUUUGA